CGAGCAGGGCAGACUGCAAGCAUAUAGGAAGAGUAGUGACUGCUGCCACUCUUUGAUCGGCGUCGUGCAUCUGUCGGGGCUGAUGAGCAUCGCAGAGUGUCACUGGUACCGGCCCCUCGGCGACGUCGGACUGGACGUCGCCGAGAAUCCAACUUCUCACACCCACCGGAUGAGUGCCGAUCAACAGUGCACAAGAAGCUCAAGUGACAUACGGAGAGGGGCGCCGACGAGGGCCAUUCUGUCCGGAGCAGGCGCCGGCGAUCUUGCCAGACGGCGUCGUCGCACGCGCCUGGUCGACGUGGGGGGUGGGGGGACGUGCAGUGCAGUGCAGUGCCGUGCCAACCUAUCCCCCACGCUCCCGGGAAUCUUUAAAGGGUCUUUUCUUCGCUGGCUGCCCUUUGCUGCCUCCUUUACAACGACAACAAGAAGUGACCCAGCUCGCCCGCAACAAUGCCGCUCAUCGACCCGUUCAAGCCAGUGGUGCUCACCCACCCCGGCUGCUCGCUCACCAUCGAGGUGCUCCCGCUCGGCCUCAACGUGCACCGCAUCGUGCUGCAGGACCCCACGACGCACAAGGAGCGCGACAUCAUUGCCGGCCCAGAGAACCCCAGAGACCACCACACGUACGGCAGAAAGUUCUUUGGGCCCAUCGUGGGCCGGUAUGCGAACCGGCUGCCGAAAGGCCGCAGCCCCUUUCCCGGCGGCGGCCACAUUGACCUGCAAGAGUGGCGCGCCGGCGACGGUCUCUGCCUGCACGGCGGUCCCGAGAACGAGGGCGAUGCGCUGGCGUCCGUCGAGGCUGGCUCGGUGCCUCCACAGGCGGGGCCGUUUGACCGCUGCGUGUGGUCGCCCGUCUCGUCGCCGCUGCUGUUCGAGCCUACCCCGGCAUCGCCCUCGUCGGCCACCUUUGCCAUCGUUUCAAUUGCCGAUAUCAAUGGCUACCCAGGCACGCUCCGGGUCGAGGCCCGCCUCGAGGUCCUCGCCGCGGCGACGGGCAAGAGCAACAGCGCCACCGUGCCUGCGGGCGACGGCCUCGGCGCGCUCCGAAUGGAGUACCGUGCGCGCAUCAUCGACGCCUGCGAGGCCACGCCGCUCAACAUGACGCACCACUGGGGCUUCACCCUCGAUGCGCCAGCGCCCAUCGACGCACACACGCUGCGCCUCAUCGCGCCACCUGGCCGCCAGGUGAAGCUGCUUGAGAUAGACGACAAGCUCCUGCCGACGGGCAAGCUGGCUGCCAUUGCGCCCGGCAGCACCCACGACUUUGCGUCGACGGCCACGACGGGCGGCGCAGGAGCGCCCCUGGGCCGCACCAUCGGCAGUGAGCCCUACGACCACUUUUACGUCUGGGGCCUCGCCGCCCAGGGAGAGCAGGGGCAGGCAGACGAGGAGGACGACGACGCGACGAGGUGCAUCCUGGCCUGCCCGCGCACCCGCCUCGCCCUCGCCUUUCGCACCAACCAGGCCGGCUGCCAGUUCUUCAGCACCAACAAGCAGCCCGCACCGCCGGCAGACCCGGCCAAGGCCGGCGGCGUGCGCAAGACCCUGCACGGCGGCGCAGAGGCAGGCGAGGGAAACGGGCCAAGGUGUGCGGCGAUGCUCGAGUUCGGCAUGCCCCACGGCACCUUUCUGCACCAGGCCCUCAUCGACGAGACCGGUGGCCGGGACACGGUGCUGCGACAGGGAGAGACGUACAGCAACUGGGUCGAGGUGGGCGUGUAUGCGACUCCACAGACGUCGGCGUGAAUGAAUGCACGUGGCAGUCUCAUCUCAGUCGACGAUGCUCCCGUCAUGCUGCUCCCAUUCCAUCUCACCUCACUU